UCUAAAGUCUGGGAGUCUUGUCGGUUCGUCCUCCUCUGCAAGUCCUCUCCGGCGUCCGCUUCUUUUCUCGCUUCUGCUCCCCGCCGCCACCGCCUCCUGCUCUCUCCGCUCGGGUUUCUCCGCGGCGGUUGUUAGCGAGGGGAACGAGGUAUCGCCGGCGCCGUGGUUCCUGCGGGAUGGCAGCUCCAGACAUGCCCAACCGGUUCUCCCAUAUUGCCCAUCAACUGGUGCAUGCAGAGAAGAGGGAAUCAAUAUUCUUUGUGAAAAUGGUUAGAGUGCCUCACUGCCAUGCUAAGAUAGUGGAGCACCUGCAGAAUAAAUUCCAUAUGAAACCAUCUGAAGCAGAAGGCACAAUUAAGGAGCCCUUCUUUGCUACUGGAUCUAUGAUUUAUCAGGAUGAGAAUUUUGGAUACAUUUUGACCUGUGCUCAUAUCCUCGAGGAUUUCUAUUCAGCCAAUAUUGUACUGAGUAAGGAGCAGGCCAACAGGUGGUUCAAGUUUCUCAUCCUCUGCAAGCACAAUGAAGAUCACAUGAAGACUAUCCAUCCUGACUUGUAUGAAUCUGAGCGUGAUAAGCGGAAUUACACUGUAGCAACUGUUUUGAAAAUUGAUCAGCGUAAGGAUCUUAUGUUGCUUCAGUUCAAUUUGUCCACACUCUAUGCCACCCAGUAUGCUCAAAGAUGUCGCUUACCUCAUCAGUCAUUAAAGCUCGCAGAAAAUCCAUCCUCAGCACCAAAUGAUGUGGUCAUGAUCUCCUGGCCACCUAAUAGGCCUGAUACUGUUGUCAUUGGGCAAGUUUCAAAUCAAUGCCGCUUAUUCAACCAACUGACAACAGAAAGAGAUAAAGGCUAUAAUAUGCAAUUUAUAGAGCUAAAGAUCAAUGUUGAAAAGGGAGCAUCUGGCUCACCUAUACUCAAUCAUGCUGGUGAUAUCCUUGCAGUUUAUCAUGGCCGGAUUGAAGGAAAGGGAUAUGCUAUAAGCCAUGACGACAUUUACGAAUUCCUAUACACGCGCAAAAUUCUAUCACAGAAUUUGCGUUAAUGAGAGUGUUCAUAAGUGAGUUGCAUCGACAACAAAACAGCUCUCUGAUUCUUCUAAUGCAGUCAAAGUACUGAUUUACAGCUUUGGUUCUGAAGCUAUUGAUUUUCAAGGACAAGAAAGUGUCUACCUGGAGGUACCUGUGAUUACUGUUAGGCCGGUCAGCUGGUGCAUACCUAUUUGCCUGGAUCAACGGGAGCGUUGUCUGCCUUGGCAUAUGCCUCCUUUUUGUCCCUAUGAAUGUGAUACAGCUGCAGUUCAGAAUGUUUUUUUAUCGAAUGCUGAUGCUGCAGAAACUUCAUGUUAGUUGUAUUCCUUAUACUAGGUCUCUUUUUCCUGCUGAUACAUCCCAAAAAACCACAGUAUAGUAGAUGGUACAUCCUUAUUCAACUCUGGAUAUUUUCCUCUUUUGUAAUCAGAUGCUCAGUUUUCACUAUCUUUGUUAAUUCUGAUGGGUACAAUGAUACCCCAGAGAGAGAUGGUACAAUGGUACCCACAUUUUCCUCUUGAUAUA